GUGCUGCAUGGGCGGAUGCAGCCCAUGCCCCCUGCAUACAGGUUAACAAACAAAAGCUUAGGCUUAGCUAAUGCAUGCGGAGGAUCUGGCCAAGCGCGUCCACAUAACCAAACACGCAGAAAGAGAUUUUGAGUCUAAAUCGUAGAUCGUCGAAUCCCUCCUCAACGCAUUCGUUUCGACGAAUCAUAAUGUGUGUUUUAUAAUGACAAAAAUCUCGCGAGUCGUAGGCUCGUGGUCGUGGGUCGUGGCCCUAGCGACAGGCACAACAGGCCCCUCCGCUCCUGGCCUCCUCCUCGGCGUCGCGUCAACGUUGCGCCUCUCCAGAGUCGCCGGCCGCCGAGGGCACUCUCCACCUCUUCCGUCGGCGCCCGGGAGAAGGAGAUGGGAGUUCACGGUCUGUGGGAACUACUGGCUCCGGUUGGGCGACGCGUCUCAGUGGAGACCCUUGCGGGCAAGCGGGUGGCGGUGGACGCGAGCAUCUGGAUGGUGCAGUUCAUGCGGGCGAUGCGGGACGACAGCGGCGAGAUGGUCCGGGACGCGCACCUCCUAGGGUUCCUCCGUCGCAUCUGCAAGCUCCUCUUCCUCCGUGUUCGCCCCGUAUUCGUCUUCGAUGGCGCCACGCCGGCGCUCAAGCGCCGCACCCUCGCUGCCCGCCGCAGGCACCGUGACGCCGCGCAGGCCAAGGUCCGAAAGACCGCCGAGAAACUCCUGCUCUCCCAUCUCAAAGCUAGAAAGCUUGAAGAAUUGGCAGAACAAAUCAGGAGUGACAGAGCUAAGCAUGAUGCCAAGGGCAAGCAAGUUGAGAGCAGUAAUGGAGGAGAAACUGAGAAAACAAGUCAAAACCAAAUCGGUGAUACCAACAACAGUGAGGGAAAUGUUGCAUCGAUCAAUCAGGAGAAAGUGGAUGGAAUGCUGGCCGCAUCGCUUGCUGCAGAGGAAGACACAGAUUUCACUGACGAGGGAACACACCAUCUUACAAGUGCUCCAUUGCCAGAAGGAGAUGAAAUUGAUGAGGAUGAAGAUGAUGAUGAAGGGAUGAUCUUCCCUAUGACAACUGGUGACAUUGAUCCUGCAGUAUUGGCUUCCCUUCCUCCAUCGAUGCAGUUAGAUCUUCUUGUUCAGAUGAGGGAGAGAGUGAUGGCUGAAAACAGGCAGAAGUACCAGAAAAUAAAAAAGGAACCUGCAAAGUUUUCAGAGCUUCAAAUACAGUCCUAUCUCAAAACAGUUGCUUUCCGUCGAGAGAUAGACCAAGUUCAGAAGUCUUCGUCAGGGAAGGGUAGUGGAGGUGUCCAGACAUCAAAAAUAGCAUCAGAAGCUAAUAGAGAGUUUAUUUUCUCAUCAUCAUUCACUGGUGAUAAACAGAUGCUGGCACAAAGAGGUGAAAAGGAGCAUAAUGUUGAAAACACUAGAUCAAAAAAGGAAAUUCAUUCUUCUGUCUUCGCAUCUAACCCCACAAGUAGUUUGGGAACAAUGAAGCCUCCCAACAGCAAAACUUUGAGCGAUUUUGGGCCUGAUGUUGAGACCUAUCGUGAUGAGAGAGGACGGAUUAGAGUAAGCAGGGUCAGAGCAAUGGGAAUUCGUAUGACUCGUGACAUUCAAAGGAAUUUAGAUUUUAUUAAAGAGAAUGAACAGGUUAAAAGUAAGGGACAGACACAGACCAAUUUUCACAAUGGAUCAACAGGCAAUGAAGAGCCUCCAGAUUUUCCAGAACAUCUUUUUGAAAGUAACAAGCUCCAGAGUUCUUGUAGUCCUGAUGUGGAUCUUUCUGAAACUGACAGAGACAACCAUCAGACCUCGUCACAAAUAGGAACAGAUAUCAUUUCUGAGAGUUCUUGUUAUGGAAACAAGGAAGCAAUAGAGAUAUCUUUCUCGGUUGAUCAAACUGAAGUGAAGGAUGGCGAUGAAGAUAUAUUUUUGCAAUUAGUGUCCGGGAUGGCACCCAACAACAUAUUUUCUGGAAAUAAUUGUUUGGUUAAAAAGAUGGAAGAAUCUGUAGAUUCUGAGUGUAUUUGGGAAGAUGGUGUUAUUGAAGCAGGAACUUCUCCUGUGAAAAUUGACAUGAAGGAUCAUAAGUCAUCUCUGCCAGAGAAUUGCAGCGAUGAUGAGAUGGAGUGGGAGGAAGGUGAUAGCUUUGUACCUGGAGUUGCUUCUAGUAGUGAACAUAAUCCAUGUAAUGCACCAAAGGGGGAUCUGGAAGAAGCAGCUCUUGUACAGGAAGCAAUAAGGAGGAGUUUAGAGGAUUUUGAGAAGAAGGCAUCUGAGAAUGUGAGUACUGGAGAUAUACAAGCAUCUGUUGAAGAUAGAUCUUUGCAGUUCUCCAACAAUGUUCCUAAGAUAUCUGAAUCUCUUGGUGAAAAUGAUUCACAUUCUGGAGUACCUGUUGUUGACGAGAUAAACAAUGAAACAAGAACAGAAAUCAAUUAUGAUAAGGAUGAUAUGGUACAAGGCACUGGACUACUUGGAACUGAGAGACAAGAAUCUGAAUCACAACCCCCACUGGUGAAUAAUGAUUGGCAUGCCGAUAUGCACAGAGCUCAUCCUCUGGGGUCUGUGCCUCCAUGUACUACAUUCACGAGUGAUCUGGCUGAAAAACCAUCUGUCAGUGCAGAAACUAACGGUGAAGAUGUAAUGAUAUUUACAACAAAAAUUCCUGGAACAGCUUUAGGCGAUUGUGAUAAAACUUCCAACCUAAACAUUAUGAAUUCUGAUCAAUCAAAAUGCAGCAAAGAUAUUGCUUCAACUGGAGAAUCCUUGUCACACCAAAAGAACCUUUUAAUUGAUGAACUACUAGCCGUCACUGCCGAACAAAAAGAAAAUGCUACCCAGGUAGAUUUGAAGUUUGCCACAUCUGAGGUAGAUUAUACACAAAUUUGUGGCAACGAUGACAACCAUACAAUAUCAGCGAGUUAUGUUGACGCGGAGCUAUCUCGUCUUAGACAAGAACAGAUAUAUCUUGGACAUGAAAGGCGAAAACUUGAAAGUCAUGCAGAGUCUGUAAGCAGUGAGAUGUUUGCCGAAUGCCAGGAGUUGCUCCAAAUGUUUGGGUUGCCAUAUAUUAUUGCACCAAUGGAAGCUGAAGCUCAAUGUGCAUACAUGGAAAUAAAUAACCUCGUUGAUGGAGUUGUCACCGAUGAUUCAGACGUAUUUCUGUUUGGAGCAAGGAAUGUUUACAAGAACAUAUUUGAUGAUAGGAAGUAUGUAGAAACAUAUUUUAUGAAGGACAUUGAGUCUGAGCUUGGGUUAUCACGAGAACAGUUAAUCCGCAUGGCUCUGCUUCUUGGAAGUGAUUACACUGAAGGUGUUAGUGGUAUCGGCAUCGUGAAUGCUAUUGAAGUUGUACAUGCAUUUCCUGAAGAAGAUGGACUGCAGAAGUUUAAAGAAUGGAUUGAAUCACCAGAUCCAUCAAUAUUUGGUAAACUGCAUAUGGAAAUAAGUGGUAGAUCGAAGAAAAGAAAACUCGAUGAAAAUGAUUCAGAUGGAAAGGGGAAAGGCCUGGAACCUGAAUGCAUUCAAGGUUCUGAUGAUAAACAAUCUUCUAAUGAGGAUGAACAUGUCAAGGAAAUAUUUAUGAGUAAACAUAGGAAUGUGAGCAAGAACUGGCAUGUCCCUGCAACUUUUCCUAGUGAGAAAGUUGUAAAUGCAUAUAUUUCUCCACAAGUUGACAGUUCAACGGAGCCUUUUUCCUGGGGAAGACCAGAUUUAGGCCUACUACGUAGGUUAUGUUGGGAAAGGUUUGGGUGGGGCAAAGAGAAAGCUGAUGAACUGCUGCUUCCAGUUUUGAGAGAGUAUAAUAAACACGAGACUCAGCUGCGCAUGGAGGCAUUUUAUUCAUUCAAUGAGAGAUUUGCAAAAAUUCGCAGCAAAAGGAUUAAGAAAGCCAUCAAGGGCAUUACAGGCAAAAGCUUUCUUGACGCAGAUGAAUCUGAGCAGGAUAAUCCCAGUACUAGCAAGACGAUCAAGAAGAAAGAGGCCAGCUCCUCAAGCCAUGCCAGAGGUAGAGAAAAAAGGAAAAACGAUUAUGGAGUCAUGGGAAGUCAAGAAGAUAAUAUAAUUGACAAUACCAACAGUUUGGCAGAGACAGUUGAGAAUACUAGAGAAAAUAACAAUACUACUAAGAUAAAAAGAGGGAGUUCCUGUGGUCGCCCCAAAGGUAGAGGACGAAGCAGGACAACUGCGGGAAGUGAUGCAACAAUAAAUCAGGAGGAUUAUGAAAUAGAAUAUUCUACUUCAGCUUCAGAUGAGGAUUCAUGUAAAAGGCAUUCCAACAGUUACGGAUCGGAAGGAAGGGCAUUGCGAAGGUCAAGUAGGAAACGGAAACAGGUGACAUACAUGGAAGAUGGUCACGAAGCAUAUGGCAAUGAUGUUCCAAUGCAUCAAAACGAUGAAAAUAACCCAGGCCAACCUGCUGCAGCCGCAGACGUGGCUGGAGAAGACACAGGAUUUAAUAUUUACCAUCAGGAUACAAGUGAACUAAACAGCAGUCAGAUGCAUACAGGUGCAGGCAUUACCGAAGAUAUCAAUGAAGAUUCCCAGCGUUUUGAGUUACGGGAGGACAAUCAGGUGGAUUCAACACCGAAAGACUAUUUGUUCAAUGGUGGUGGUUUUUGUAUGGAGGGCGAGGGCGAUGAACAAGAACCAGCGUGUGAUCAAUCUGGUGCAGAAGUAGAACCUGGACCAAGUGGUCCAUGUGGCGCCAUGGAUGAAGUUUCAGAGAGUGCAAGCAUAUCGACGGCUAUGGAGUGUACCGAGAAUGCAAGAAUGGAGGCACGCGGUGCAUCUUCGUCGCAGCAAAGACGCAAGGCAAGCCGAGGUUUGAGUGCCAUGCCGACGCUUAUCAAGCGUAGGAGAAAAUCGUGAUUUAUUUGCAGUUUCACUGCAUGUAUAGCACGCCAUUACGGCCUCUGUUUGGUUCAAGCGCUUAUGAUUUCGCAUCAGUCUUUGGCCACCAGUGACGAGCGCUGUUUCGCGGACGCAAAAUGCACGUCUGUGCUGUGAUUUAGUUCCGUCUUUUUUUCUCGUCUGAUUGGUUGCUCAUCGUCUCAUCCUGAGCGCAUUGAUUUUA